AUGGAACAACAGGAAGUGACGGCCCUCAUAGCAAUCGACAUGAAUGCCGCGUUCGAUAUUGUAGACCACGGUGUACUUCUGAAUGUCCUGCGUUUCCAGUACGGUGUUUCAGGUACAGCCCUUGACUGGGUGGGCUCGUACCUAAGACCGCGUGGCUGUAGAGUGAGCAUCAACGAGAUGGACAAUUCAGGCAUAUCAACGCAACACUUGCGACCAGACAUCGUUAACCUCAACGUUGGAGGAAAAACGUUCCUCACUACGAAGGCAACAUUAAUCUCCGUACCAGAUACGCGCCUAUCAAUACUGUCGAAGAACUCGAAGGAAUACGUUCCUGAGUUGGGCGUUUAUUUCUUCGACCGCAAUCCGGACACGUUCAACUUCGUGCUUGAUUUCUACCGCACCGGGGAGUUGCAUCUGCCGAAGCACGUGUGUGGCGCCACAAUUCGAAACGAGCUGGAGUACUGGCAGAUUGCCUCAAUGAGCAUCGCGGACUGCUGUGUGGCAAGUCUCUUCAAAUUCGAGGACGAGCUCGAGGUGUCACACAACCUGAAGCAGCAGUUUGAGACCACAGAUUUAGAAUACACGUCUGACCAGUUGGAGACCAGUAAAUGGGCGCGUAUAAAAAACGUUCUAUGGGAAAUCAUGGAUAGACCAAAGUCUUCAAGACUAGCAAGGGGUUACAGUGUUAUCUAUAUGUCUUUCGUGAUCACAACGUGUAUCACGUUUAUCCUAAGUACGCAUGAAGAGUUUCGGAGCUCGCCCGUCGACCCAAACAACAGCUCCCGCUACACAGAGAUAUACCAGACCCUUCUGGAAAAACACAGCAACUCAAAGAUUGCCCUAAUGGUUGGCACAGAGAUGGUUGACAGUCUGCGUAUCCUUAACGACUGCUGUGCGAUGUUCUUUACCAUCGAGCUCGUCCUCAGAAUAAUCGUGUGUCCAAACAGAAAGGCUUUUUUCAAGUUUUGGUUAAAUAUUAUUGACAUAAUCGUAGUAAUUUCCAUGAUGAUCACGUUUGGUCUACGUAACAUUGAACAUAUGGUGACCAACGAUCAAUUGCUAUGGUUUUAUCUUUUCAUCAGAGGAAUGAUAAUUCUACGACUUCUUCGGCUGUUUCGAUUUGCUCGACAUUUCAGCGGUCUGAAGAUUCUCUACUUGGUCUUGAAAGCGAGCAUUCAGGAGCUGGGUCUACUUGGGUUGACAUUUACGAUAACGAGCGCUUUAUUCGGUGGAUUUGUUUACUAUGCCGAAUUCUUUCACCCGGAAAACUUUCAGAACGUCCCCAUAGGAAUAUGGUGGGCGAUCGUCACUUUGACAACCGUUGGUUACGGGGAUUACGUUCCUGUGACUACAGCGGGAUAUAUUAUUGGAGCGUUGUGUGCAGUAUGCGGAUUGCUUCUGCUAUCAAUGCCAAUUGCUGUUAUUGCAACAAAUUUUAAUGAUUAUUACUCUCAGAACAAAAUUCGCGAAAAGCAACUGACACGGAAGAAAACUGUGUUCGAAACGAUACGAAAACUUUUUCAUUUUAAUAAAACAAAUAACAAAUUUACGACAAUAGGUGCUCAGUCAACUUUAAAUACACCUAGAGAAGCCGGAACCUCGUCUAAUACAGAUGGAAUUGUUACGAUAAGUUCCGAAAUAAAUAACGAUCCAGCGGCCAUUCAAGCAGUGCACUUGCGUGUAAAGAAUGGAGGACAUGCGCUCAAUUUAAAAAAUGGCGGACUAAAUGCAAAAUCUCAUACCAACCAUAUUGCCGUACAGCCAGCGAAGAAGAAAAACGAAGCUUUUAAAAACGCUGUCACAAAGUCGAUAAAAUAG